UUGUUGCAAGCAAACCAGAGACUUUUUACGACCCCAGGCCUUUGGUUUCAGAGAUCUUAUACGAUCAGUGGAAGCCCACGUGGAAGGAAUAUUACACGGCUCAGUUACGCUGCGGUCAAGUUAUCUAAACAUGGAACUACCAUCCUCCAUGUGCCUGGAAAAGAAGUCUACUUCGACUUAACAAUUCAUAUGGAUGUUCAAGCCAAUCCAGGACCAUCUACAUUACCAAAUUCUGGCCGUCAGACGACGAAUUUUAUUCACAUUCCCUCUACGGAUAACUGUCCAAAACUCUAUUAUUCUCGCGACCAACUCAUGAGUUUCAGAUCAAGCUGUUUUUCUACCAAGCGCUUAAAUCCACAGCUCAUCCGUCAACUGAAAUAUUUAAACAUCUUAAAGUACAGGGGGAAGUCUGGUGGUACGAGAGUAAGUAAGGAAGCUACCAAAAUACCGAUUAUUAAUAAGGAAAGAUUUGUCUCACGACAUAAUCUUAACCGAAGAGCGAAUUUGCAUAAUCUACGAUCACUGCACCGUUGCUCGAACGUCAACAUUUGUGAUCACGACGAACGAUCUUUUAUUCCGGUCACAGAAAGGUCAGGAUCUGGUCUCAAAGUCCUUCACUUAAACAUCCGUUCACUUCGAAAUAUCUCCCAUCGAUCUCAGCUUAGAGAAUUAAAUAGUCGCGAGCAGUUUGAUAUCAUAACAAUCUCUGAAUCUUGGCUGAACACCACCAUCACAUCCACUGAGAUCCAACUUGACGGCUACAAACUAUUUCGUUUGGAUCGCCUGCAUAAAGGAGGAGGUGGAGUAUGUGCUUGCGUACGCAGUGACCUUAAGUCCAAGGUUCUUAAAGAUUUUUCAAGUAUUUCUGACCGCAAUUUCCACCAGCUCUGGCUAAGUGUUCAGGUUAAAAAAUCCAAGUCGAUUGUG